AUUCAGUAGCGUUUCACUCCUCUUACUGAAGAACGCUCGCACUCGGUGGAGUCGCUCCUUUGUGUAUAUGGAACAUGUGAGAGUGGCAGACGGAAGAGUCAGACGGCAGCAAGCGAGCAACAGCAGCGAGACAGAAAAAAAAAGGAUCUAGUCUAGAGGGGCAGAGCAGAACAGGCAGUCAGCUGUGCAUUUAGCUCGGCGUUGUACACCCAUAAAUCGCUGUAUAUACGUUUAUGUGUGAGCGCAAUGCAAAACAGAAGUGGGAAGUGACAUUGCAGUUCUCUCCUUUUUUACGUUAUUACAUUUCCACCAGAGAAGACCGUUUGCGUAUGAAGCAAUACAUUUGAAAAUAACUUGAUUUCGAGCUGAGUUUAUUUUUAUUUUAUUUUUAUAGUUAGCAUCACAUUGAAUAUAACAUGAUGGAGCCUUGGAGGCAAUGCGCGUUGUGGCUUAUCAAUUGUAAGGUGCUGCCACCAAACCAUCGGGUUACAUGGGACUCAGCCCAGGUAUUUGAUUUAGCUCAGACCUUAAGGGACGGGGUUCUGUUGUGCCAACUUCUGAACAACCUGAGACCCCUAUCUAUCAAUCUGAAGGAGAUCAAUCUGAGACCGCAAAUGUCACAGUUCCUGUGUUUGAAAAAUAUAAGAACAUUCCUUUUAGCAUGCUGUGAAAUAUUUGGGAUGAGAAAAAGCGAAUUGUUUGAGGCCUUUGACUUGUUUGAUGUUCGAGAUUUCGCAAAGGUUAUUGAGACCUUGUCACGGCUUUCUCACACAGUUAUAGCACAACAUACAGGAAUAAGGCCGUUUCCAACAGAAGAAAGUGUGGGUGACGAGGAUAUCUACAAAGGCCUAGAUGAGUUAAUCGAUGAAAAUGGAGUAGAAGACGAGGAAGAUCUGUAUGACUGUGUUUAUGGAGAAGAUGAAGGAGGGGAGGUGUAUGAAGACCUGAUGAAGGCUGAAGCUGCACCCCCACCUAAACAGGCUGAAUCUGACGUUCGCAGCUGCUGUCUUCAAGAAAUCAAACAGACAGAAGAGAAAUAUACUGAGACGCUGGAGUCGAUAGAGAGAUAUUUUCUGACUCCACUGAGAAAAUUUGUAUCCGCCACAGAGAUUGAAAAAGUAUUUAUUAACGUUCCAGAACUUGUGAAAGUCCACAAAAGCCUAAUGCAAGAGAUCCAUGACUCCAUCUCAAACAAGAAUUCCCAGAACCUAUACCAAAUCUUUAUUAACUACAAAGAAAGAUUGCUCAUCUAUGGGAAGUAUUGCAGUCAUGUAGAAACAGCCAUAGCCAGCUUGGACAACAUCUGCAAAGAGAAAGAAGAUGUUCGGUUAAAGCUUGAGGAAUGCUCAAAGAGGGCAAAUAAUGGGAAGUUUACUUUGCGAGACCUUCUGGUUGUCCCAAUGCAGAGAGUUCUUAAGUAUCAUCUGCUUCUUCAGGAGUUAGUCAAACACACUCAUGAUCAAACUGACAAGAGUAAUUUACGAAUGGCCCUCGAUGCCAUGAAGGAUCUGGCUCAAUAUGUAAACGAAGUAAAAAGAGACAAUGAAACACUGCGUGAGAUUGAUCAGUUUCAGUUAUCCAUUGAAAGCCUGAAUCAGUCUCUUAGAAACUACGGAAGACCAAAAGUAGAUGGAGAAGUGCGAGUAGCUUCACUGGAUAAACGUGCAAAACAAGAUAGACAUAUCUUCUUGUUUGACAAAGCUGUGAUUGUUUGCAAAAGACGAGGCGACAACUAUGAAAUGAAGGAGGUGAUUGAUUUGCACAACUUUAAAUUCACCAACAACCCAACGACAGACAAGGAAAACAAAAAGUGGUCUUAUGGAUUCUACCUCACUCAUAACCAGGGACAAAACGGGUUUGAAUUCUUUUUUAAAACAAAAGAGCUGAAAAAAAAGUGGCUGGAACAGUUCGGAAUGGCAGUAUCUAACAUCACACCUGAACAUGCAAAUGAGAAUUGUCAUGAAUUUAAAAUGCAUACUUUUGAGGGGAUCACAUCUUGUAGCUCAUGCCACAUGCUUCUAAGAGGAAUAUUUUACCAAGGGUACUUGUGUUCUAAAUGUGGAUCUGGGGCCCAUAAAGAGUGCCUAGGCAGGCUGGAAACCUGUGGAAAAACACACACAGAUUCGGGGACACUAAGAUCUGAGAAGAAACUCAAUGGACCCAGAAGACAGAGUAGAGCCAUGGAUCCAGGGUUACCAAAGAUGCAGGUUAUUCGAAACUACCUUGGGGUACCCCCUCCCCUUGAAGGCCCCCCUCUGAACAUCCAGGUUGGGGAAAUCAUCGAGGUGAUCAGGGCUGAUGUCCACAGCUCAUGGUGGCAGGGUAGAAUUCUGACAACUAAAGAAGUUGGCUUCUUCCCAAGUGAGGUAGUAAAACCUUACUGUGUUCCAAAGCCAGUGGACUAUUCUGCACAGCCAUGGUUUGCUGGACCAAUGGAAAGAUUACAGGCGGAAAUGGAACUCAUGAACAGAGGCAACAGCACGUACCUUGUGAGACACAGAAGUAAAGAAUGCACUGAAUAUGCUGUUAGUAUUAAGUAUAACAACGAUGUGAAGCACAUCAAGAUUUUAACAAAGGAUGUGCUUUUCUACAUUGCAGAGAACAAGAAGUUCAAAAGUCUGUUAGAGCUAAUAGAGUACUACAAGCACCACUCCUUAAAGGAAGGGUUUCGGAGUCUAGACACAACUCUGCAGUUUCCAUAUAAAGAAUCAGAGAACGCACUCAUGCACAGGGGAAACAGAACGGGCAGCAACUCCCCAUUGCUCUGUGGGUUUUCUAUCGCCACUCCUCCAGGUUACAGCUUUGUCCCCCCUUCCUCUGCUCCUUUCUGGUCAGUGUUUACUCCCAAAGUAAUUGGUAUUGCAAUAGCCCGGUAUGACUUCAGCCCCAGAGACAUGAGAGAGCUUUCGUUACUGGAAGGAGACAUGGUAAAGAUCUACACCAAAACGGGAGCGAAUGGCUGGUGGAGAGGGGAGGCUAAUGGCAAGGUGGGGUGGUUUCCAUCUACGUAUGUCGAAGAGGAGGAAGAAUAAAUCAAUAAGUGAAUAAAUAAGGAACCAGCCGGGUGCCACUGUAUCAAAAUAUCAGCAUGGGCCACCGUGAAUUGUGGACUCCUGUCUGUCCAAAACCUUGCUAAUAGAAUGUUGGGAAUUCUCCACACAAGCUUGUGUUGACAGAUUAAUGGCUUGCCUGCAGCUUUACAAGCAAGAGCCUGCCAGUCUACUGUCAGUAAGGACCAGUUCAGAGGGAGAACCUCUCCCUCCCAAAAGAACUUCAAAGUACAGACAGCUUUCGUCUUCUUGUCACUCUUCUUGCCAGUACACAUUGUGAGCUCGGCUGCUGGUAAAUAUUUAAAUACAUCUCCAUCCCCAGCUGAGGUUCUCCUUGAUGAGUCGCGGAAGUCCGGAGCUGUUUAGUUUUGCCUUGCGUAUCGUUUCCCAUUCUGACCUUCCUGGUGUCCUACAGGAACUUACCUGCAUUAUUAUUGAUGUCUUUAUCAGUGGCUGUCCUUCUCAAAGUGAAGGCUGUAAGAAUAUAGGCAUUGCAUCACAUCACCCCUUUCCGCACAGAUUACAAUCACUACUUUGCAAAUAACAAUCACGAUACGGUUACAGUGUAAAGCAUAAAGGAACAGAAAAAAAUCAGCGCUACACAAGAAUAAUUGAUGCGUCUUUCCUGUUCAAACAAAAUGCAAUUUUUUUGCAGUUGGCUUAUCUCAACAGACAUUUUUUUAGUUGUCACUCUUUGUUUCUUUGAGCUACGGACAGUACCAGUAAAUGCGUUAUGCCUGUAUGCCUGUAGUUUUAACUGAAAUAUUAAUUAUAGAUUAAUUAUAGUUUGGCAGCAGCUCACAUGUAUGUGAUGGCUAUGCUCCUUUCAUGGCCUGUGCUGGCUGCAGCAAAAAUGAUAUAUUCAAGUAAACCACUUACCCUUUUACUCCUAAUACAUGUUUGUUCCAGCAGAAUAUUUGCAAGCUUGUUCAUCUAAACAUGGUAAACUGUUACUGAUUAAGAUAGACGCUAAUUUCAGUGAUAACACUGAUGAAGCAUUGGUUGAAACAUGUGUCUUCUGUUUAUUCUAGUUUUAUCUCAAAGAUACAGCUUGGUGAGACUCAACCUUAACUGGACUUAAAGAACCUGCACAAUACUAACACUGAAAGUACAAAAGCAGUCAGUGGUAUUUGUAAAACAAUUCUGUUAUACAAUAAAAAACACACAUUUUGUUUUUGAAAACAAAAAAAAUGCACAGUGGUUUACAUAUAUGUCAAAUGCAUGGUCUUAUAUUUGUUUUUUCUUUUUUUUUUUUUAAACAAAAAAUAUGCUAGGUGAUGCAAGAGUUGUGUCUUGCACUGUGUUGUACUGGUAUUGCAUAUUGUAUAUUUACUAAAGCACAGCAGUAAUACUGUCUGCUUAUCCAAAAGUAAAAAUAUCCCACUUGUUAUUUACAAGGGAAAGGAUCCAAACAAUCUCUGUAUUUUUUUUAACAGUAUGCACUCAGGGAACUUCCUUCAUUGCAUUGUCAAAAAACAUUAUUAUAAGGAAGUCACAUACUGGAGUUAAGAAAUCUUCAACGAUGUAGAUGUGUACAUUUGCAAUGCCAUUUUUUGUGUACAGUGUUCAAGUAUGCAGGACUGGUUCUCCAAAAGCUGGUCCAAAUAUUCUUCUUGCACUAAGUAUUAUCAGCCAUAUUACUGUAUGUAUGGAUUUGUAUAUAAAAUAGUUUUUUAUUUCUUAAUUUUGGGAGAUAUUUUUGUUACAUUAGAUUAACUAUAUUGGAAAUGUCCAAGUUUCAGGUUGUAUUUGAGAAGUUCACUGUUUUCUAAAACUUCAGGUGGCGUUAUACCUUACUGACCAGUAGAUGUCAGCAUUAAAGGAUUUUAUGUUAUUAACUUCAAUGUAAUUUUCAUGGGCUUAUUUUGAGCUGUUCCCAGUGCUAGUGGUGUUAGACAUAACUGUGCUAGCAUUGUACUUUGUGUAGUGUAUAACACCGUCAUCCCUUUUCAUAACUUGUUCCAAUGCAAUGUUUGCCCCACAAAACAAAAAUAAACCUAAAUAACUAGACACCACUCAGUGUCAUUUAAUCAUUUAAAAAGUAUGCAGUAUAAGUGGUAUGCUUUGACUUCAAAACUGCUGUAAUACAUUAUAUCAUGGUGCAUAUAUUGCACAGGAGCAAAAUCCAAGUGAAUCUAGCCCAGAUAUUGCUUAUUUACCUGUAAGCCAAUAGAUUGUUCCCUGCAGAAAAUGAAGUUCAUAAAAUGUGCAAAUUAUUAUUGUAGGACUUCUGAGUAAAUCCUGAAGUAUGCCAUGAGAAACAAAAAUAUGCUUCAUAAACUAGAAUAAUUCCUAUGACUGUUUCACUCUGAUGCCAAAGACAUGUGUAUAUUUACUUAAAUUGAUGACCCUGGAAACCUGCAAUGUUGUACUGCAAUCUGAGAUUGUUUUAUUGUGUACUGAUGUACCAUAGUGUACAAAUGUAUAUAUUGCAUAAU